CUGAAACAGCUGGUCCGAAUUUGUCUGCAAUAAAUACAAACAUGUUGAGCGACGACGAUAAUUUGGGCAUUUACGAUGAUUUGGAUGAGUUUCAGCAAGCCGAAGAUCAUAAAUCAAAGGAGCUGCUGGCAUGGGAAGUCAAACACAGAAAUGCGCUGACCGAAAUCGAGGACCUGAAGGCGCGAAACAUAGCACUGGAAAAGAAGAUCAGGACAAUGGAAGUCAACCUGCAGAAUCUUUUGGACACGGCGAAGUCGGAGGUGAAAAGAAAGGAGGUACUGAUAGGUCAGCUGCGUAAAGAGAAAGACGACAUAUGCUUCAGGCGAAAGCGAGGACGGGAAGUCGAAGAACCAGUGGAGAAAGAAGCCGAAAAUAAGCGGCUGAAAGCGGCCUCAAAGGUAGAUCGAGAAGUUAAAAAAAAUCCAUUCCGCGCGGACUUAAAAAUUGACUCAAAAUCGGUUGGAAAACGAAGAUCUCGAAGCAAGUCUCCUAGAUCGAGACCAAAGAUCCAAGAUCAUGGGUCGGCGACCCGGCGCAAGUCGAGAGAACGACGCUGCAGUCGAAGUCCAAGACAUUCAAGCCGGCAAGAGGAGCACCGAAGCCGUGGGAGCAACUCUCGCCGCAGAAGCCGCUCCCCCUUACAUAGAGCACAGGUGUCGGAAUCAAAGUCGCAGAAAAUCCAGUCAUUUCCUGGGGAAGAUACUAAAAAUGGCCGGGAUAUUGGGAACAAGCCGCACAACGAAAAGACCAAGAAAAUGAUAUAUGAAAUCGCUACACCUUUAACACCCAACGAACUGUCUUCGCCGGAAGUGGCAACGAAAAAAGCGCAAGCCCUGACAUAUGAAUGUAGCGAUGGCGACUUACAAAGGAAUACGCCCUUUGAAUCGAAUACCCCAACCACUGAAAUCAUCCAAAACAUUAAUGCGUUCGUUUCAAAAGAAGAGCGUAUUCCCCGUUUGGACAUUUGUGAGCUAGCAGCCAACAACCGUGAAUCAUCUGACACCACGUCUCAGUCCAAGCACCCUGAAAUCAUAUUAGACGAGAUUUUGCCACAGGAAUCAGUAACCUGCGAUCCCAUAACUGUUCAUAUGGAAUCAAAAACCGGUCCUAUUUCCGAUAAUAAUGCCCAAACCGACGAAUAUCGGCAGGUAGAAGGAAAUGUUGAGCUUGACAAGCCAUCAAUAUAUACACCGAUAAGAAGCACAAGCUAUGAACCUACUGGCCCAGGCGAUGUAGAAAUAUCGGCACACAAUCAUUUAAUUAAUAAAUUAACGAAAAAUAACAGCGUGGUCCAUGCAGAACUGAAAGCUGAGUUAUUAGUUGCUUCCGGUGAAGCUCAAAGACGUGAUGAUAUCAAUUGCAGCUCGGCAGGAAACGUCCCAGAGCCAAAAAACAAGAGCUUCGACGUAGAAAUAGACAUAAUUGAAGACAUUCGGUUGCCAGAAGUAGCGGAUAUUGGCCAUAUUGCGGUUAUAGUCAAUGAACUGUGCGGUGGUCUAGAAGUCCAAAAAAAAAACGUGUCGGAUGAGCAGAAAAAUUCUUCUGGCAGAGACGGACAUUGCAGCGAUUAUAAUGAAAGAAACAGCUCCGCUAUCGAGUUGAAGGACCCAACAACACCAUCCUCUAAUUCCAACGUUUUGUACGCUCAGCCAGACUCCACCAAAAUCGAUCACAACGAUACGGAGAACGAAGUCAUUCUAGAAGCUGCUCUGAACUUGCUAGAGAGUAGUGAUCUGGUCCCACCUGCCCAGAGUGCACCAAAUCUGAGCCUUGAAGAAGAUGCCAUCGAGAAGGCAUUGGGGCAGUUGCAUCAGACGUCGUCCCCAGAUGAAACGGUAGUGACCUCCACGUCCAACCGAGCGCGGAAGACUGAAAACCAUUGUGCACCCACUAGCACGAGCCUCCGAAAUUCUCCCCUUCACGCGAAGGAGGCGAUAAUCAAAGAAAUUUCGACCGAUAUGGAAAACACUAAUGACAGUCAGUCCCAGGUUUCUAGAGUACUCGAACUGGAGGCUCCACCGUCGCCAGGGCAGGAUAUCACCAUUGAUGAGACAGUAGACGAUGGCUGUAUUUCGAACGAGGAGGUUUCAACAGUUACCAAACGCUGCUCCCUGGGUCAUACCGACUACCAAUUCGAGCAAAGAAACGACGAGAUUAUUCUUCGCGUAAAGCGUCGCACACGACGCCGACGUUCAACACCUAUUGAGGUGGAAGUUCUGAAUCCUCCUCCUACAGGAGGCAAACCAGAUUAAUUAAUAAAUCAUAUACGUAAAUAUUUGUAUCUGAA